GAUUUUCGACAACCAAUGAAAUCGCUCAAUUUCGCGUCACAUUUAAAAAGAUGGGACGUAAACAAAAAGCCGAGUCAAUUCACGGAGCGAAGGUUUGCAGACUGUGGAGGUCAACUAAAUUUAUUCUUCUUUUUAUUUGUUUUGAAAAUGACAAUUGAGAGAGGGGCAGGAAACGCAUCACCUCCGCUACACGUUCAUGUAGAUAAGACUACACCAGUUCAUGUACAUGUCAAAAAGACAGGAAAGAAGUCAGCUACAGCAACAGCUGUUGAAGAUCGUCUGCAUUCUACUAAAUCACGUCUAGGCAAGUACACUUCAGGAAAUGUAAGGACAUCAACGAAGGGGCCAUGGGUACCUGCCCCCGGCAGGAGUACCAAAGCAAAACCAAUGUUUUGGGAGAGUGGGAGUCAUCGGUUAGAACUAGGUCCACCUGAACAAGAUACAGUUUACUCAACUCUGCGUGUGGAAGACUUGGACUCCGACACGGAUGAUGAUAAGUAUAGGCUGUAUGAGAAAAAGAUAGACAGCCUGAUGACAGAGGUUGGCCAGCUGAAAACAGAGCGUCAACUAGAGAAGACAAAACGUGAAGCUUCCCGAGCGAGGGAGGAGUUGAUGCUAUCAAAGAAACUGAUAGAGGAUCAAGAGGAAGAGAUCUUGGACUACAAGCAAGAGCUGCACACUUCGGAGCGACAGAGCAAAACAUUACAAAAUGCAGUGGAGAGAAUGGAAGAUGAAAUAAACCUAUCAAGGACAGAAAAGGAUUUUGUGAGAUCAGAGCGUGACCGUUUGAUGAAGCAACUUGUUGAGGUUGAGAUGGAUGCAGGAGCUGCUGUUAAACAGUUGAAUGAACUCAGGAAGACAGUUCACAGGCUCAAAGAGGAGAAAAGAAUGUCAUCACAUGACGGAAAAGUUUUGACAAAACAGCGGGAUCUUUUGCUAGACAAGCUCAAAGAUUUUGAGAACACCAACAGAGUCUUAAGGAAGAUGUUGCGAGACCAUCACAGAAAAGAGGCCUCAAGUGAGCAGGAUGACGUGCAGAGGGAUUUAUUACUCAAGAAGCUGACGGAAUCAGAUACCAUCAACCAGCGGCUACGUCUAUCAAUACUAGACAAAGAUAGUGAAAUAGAAUCCUUGAAAGCAAUGCUGGAUGCAGAAAGAGGACAAACCAACACAAUGCAGGAUCUUCAGUCUUCUCUAGAAUCCACCAGAGCUCAUCUGCAAAACCAGCUGCGGAAGAGAGAAGCUGACUGCAAUCGGAUGGCAGUCCAGAUAAGGAACAUUGAGAACCAGCUAGAGCAGGAGAAACUAGAAGUAGACCAUUUGCAGGGACUGCUAAGUAGUGCAAAAGAGAAAGCUAUUGCAGAUAAAGAGGCUCUUAAGAAAGCCACAAGAAUUCAGAAACAAAGAGCCACCAGAAGUGAAGAUGCCGUGGAACAGCUGAAUGCUCAAGUACUGGAGAGAGAGACACAGAUUGCUGAUGGCCUGAGCAUGAUGGAGCAGUGGAAGGCAAAGGCUAUGAAACUGGAACGUGAAAAGACUCAUAUAAUCCAUGAAAAUGAAUCACUUGCACAACGUAUAGAAGACCUCCAGAGCUCUUUGCAGGAGUCAGAAUCAAUUGUACGAGCAACCCAGGAUACCCUUAAUGCACAGGUUACCAAUAAGUCAGCCGAAGUUACAAGUGUUAAGCUUGAAAAUGAGAGACUUAAGGUAACUCUGGCAACAGUUGAGGACAAACUCAAUGUUGCUAACUCUGAGAUUGACCAGCUUAAGUCCAGUAUACACCAAUAUGAAACAUUGAUGUCUGAACAAAAAAGCCAGAUGACGAAGUCUCAGAGAGAAGCUGCAGAUGUUAAAUUCCGUCUGGAAAGGGAAGAGAGAGAGAAGUCACGCAUUCUAGAUGAAAGUAGUACCCAUAUGGAAAGGGUUCGUUCUCGACUUGAGCAGCAACUGGAUGACCUUCAACCUUUACCUGAAAUGUUACGAUCCUCAGAACAGCGUCUCUUAGCAGCAACAAACCGACUUGCGGAACAAGAGAAACGAUCAUCCGAACAGGCCAGUGCCAUCACUGACAUGACUGUGAAGAUGGAUCAGCAGAGGGAGCAGAUAGAGACGAUGCGAGAGAAGUGGCACAUGGCUCAAGAUGAGUGUCGUACCCUAAAAUCUCAGCUUGAACCGCUUGAAAGAAAGGUUCGUGAAUUUGAAGUGGAGAAUCGUGAUAUGCAUGGUGUUUUGGCCAAGAGAGAGGAAACCAUCCAUCAAAACCAGCUUGAACUUGAGGAUAAAAACAGAGAGCUGAUGAGCCUAACAAGACAACUAGAACAAGCUAUCAGCGACAAUCGCCGUGUGGAGGAAGACUCGCGUGAGAAGUCAAUUGCACGAGAACGUAAUUGGCACGCCCGAAUCGUAGAACUAGAGUCUCAGUUGAGUAGAAGUAAAACAGAAGCAGUUCAACUUCGCCGGGCCAAGGAGGAGGGUGAGCGCAAGUUCAAUUCCAGACUACAUGACCUGAAGGAUCGUCUUGAACAAUCUCACAGUACCAACCGUAGCAUGCAGAACUACGUCCAGUUCCUCAAGAGCUCUUAUUCCAACGUUUUCGGUGAUACCUCUCUGACUUCCUCCCCAUAUCGUGCACGAUCACCAUUACACACCUGAUAUCAAACAACGCCCUCGCCAAAUCUCCUUAUUGAAUGAGCAUUAAAUAAGAUUUAAGGAUUAGUUUUAACAAUUACUGUUAUUCAAUCUCGAAUUGAAUUAACAAAAUAAUGAUACCUUAUUGUUGGUAUACACUCUAUGCACUGUUUUAUAUAUAAAUUGAUAUAUUUUUUGUUUUAAAUGCUGUAAUAAAACAAUGGGGUAAUCAACUUUUUAAUUGUUUAUCAGUAUUUUUAUAAUUUUAAUAGUUUUAAAGAAUAAUAAUGCUUUGUGAAGAUAAAUUGAUAAUGUGUAUUAAUAAGUAUUCUUAUCAAAAGAAUAACUGAAUUCCUCAUGUUUAUUAACUUUGUUGUUAUUUCAACAUUGGCUGAUUGAGUACAAUAAAGGUUCACCAUGUACAAUCAA